AUGUCCUCGAUUAACAGCUAUGUUGAGGGUAAUGCGAACGAAAUCGUGCACAAGUCAGGCCAGGACGAAAAGGCCACGCCUCACAACAUAAUGACACUCGUUCCACUAGCCGAUGAAGCUACCGGCGAGUUCGAAGAAGUCGAGUCUACGAGGCAAGGCCUUCAUCAGCGACACAUUCAAAUGAUCGCGUUAGCCGGCACUAUUGGAACGGGUCUCUUUCUCAGCUCUGGUCGAGCAAUUGCUCACUCCGGCCCCUUGGGUGCGUUCCUAGGAUACUUAGUCAUGGGCUGCGUUGCCGGCGCUGUCACCCUGGCGGUGGGCGAGAUGGGCACACUUAUGCCUCUGAACGGUGGCAUCGUUCGCUACGCUGAAUACUUUGUCGACCCAGCGUUAGCGUUUGCCAAUGGCUACAACUUGGUCUAUUCUUACCUCGUGUCUAUUCCUGCAGAGAUUGUAGCUGCAGCCGUGCUGGUGCAGUUCUGGUCGGACCUGAACAGUGCAAUCUGGAUUACCAUUUUUGGCUUGCUCAUGUUGUGCACCGCUUUAGUCUUUGUUCGGGUGUAUGGAGAGCUGGAGUUUUUCUUCUCAAUGUUAAAGAUUUUGCUCAUUAUCGGGGUCAAUAUUAUGGCUCUCGUCAUUACUUGCGGUGGUGGCCCUAACCAUGAGACUAUUGGGUUUCAAUACUGGCGCAACCCCGGCCCUUUUGUUCAGUACCUUGGCAUCGGCGGUUCCCUUGGUCGUUUCCUCGGUGUCUGGACCUCCUUGAACAAUGCACUGUACGCUUAUUCUGGCAUCGAGACAAUCACAGUUGCAGCUGGGGAGACAAAGUCACCGAGGCAGGCUAUUCCACAGGCGGCGAAACGCAUCUUUUUCCGUAUCUUGAUCUUCUACAUCAUUUCAAUCUUCAUGAUCGGCCUGGUCGUCCCUUCCAACGAUCCUGAUCUGGGCCAUUCCAGCGGCACAGCAUCUACGUCGCCGUUCGUUAUCGCAGCCACUCGAGCAGGGAUCAAGGUGGUCCCAUCAAUCAUCAAUGCUGUUGUGAUAACCUCGGCCUGGUCCUCGGGCAAUUCGAACAUGCUAGGAGGGUCUAGGGUAUUGGUCGGACUAGCCAAGCAUGGCAGAGCCCCCAAAUUCUUCGCUCGACUCAACAAAUUCUCGGUGCCUUGGAUUGCAGUAUCCCUAUACGGCCUUUUCAUGUGUCUGGGAUACAUGUCGCUAUCUGCCUCUGCAAGCACGGUAUUUGACUGGUUGCAAGAUCUUGUUUCCAUUACUACCCUAACCAACUGGAUUACAAUUCUGGUUACCUAUCUCCGUUUCUACUACGGCUGCAAGAAGCAAGGAAUCUCGCGAAAGUCUUUACCUUGGGCCACUCCCUUCCAACCAUACAUCACAUGGGCUUCUCUUGUCAUUCUUAGCCUUUUCCUCAUUACAGGAGGUUACUCAACCUUUAUCAAAGGACAUUGGGAUAACGAGACGUUCGUUUCUUCUUAUAUCAACAUUCCUUUGUUUUUGAUACUCUAUUUUACGUACAAGUUCGUGUGCAAGACAAAGAUUGUCGCUUUGGAGGAUAUUCCCAUUCAGCCCUUUAUCGAUAUUGCCAAUCGAAACAUCGAGCCGCCACAGAAGCCUAAGAGAGGACUCGCCAAGCUCAAUAUCUUGUGGGGUUAA